GCGGCGGCGCCGGGCCCGGCGGCACAUGGGUCAGGCUGCCCCAUCGGGGCCCGAGAAGCUCAGCCCGGUGGUGGCUGCGGCGCUGCCCAGGGGAGGCGGGCGCCCGGAGGGAGGCUCCCGGAGCGCUGGGCGCUGCGCCCGGGAGGGGCCGGCCGGGACCUCAGUGACCGGAAGUGACGCCAACCGGGGGAUUCCGUGCCUAGGGGCUGGGAGCUCUGGGGGGGCCCGGCCGGGGCUGUCUGGGGCCGGGACCCCCCGCGGCAGCGGCGGCAGCAGCAGCAUUUGCCUAGACCCUGCCCGCGUCCGCUGCCGUUCCCGCCAGGAAGGCUCCAGGUCUCGGACCCGCGGCCGGGUGCGAACUUCUUGUUCCGGCUCUGGCUCGGGUUCGGGCUCGGGCUCGGCCACAGGGCCCGUAACCUCGCGCCCCCCAGCCUGGAUUAUGGGACCCCCGGGAGGGCCGCCUGGCGGACCUCCGGCUCAGGUUCCGCCCCACUCGAUGCAAGGAGACCCAGCCACCUUCAGGGCGGCCCUGCGCGGGCUGCUCAACUGUGCGCGCUUCAGUGAUGUGCGGUUCUUGGUGGGCCAAGACCGGAGGGAAGUGCUGGCCCACCGCUGCCUCCUGACCUCCCGCUGCGACUACUUCCGCCAGCUCCUGGGUGCCGAGAACCCCAGUGGGGGUGCCUCAGAGGAGCCCGUAGUCCUGGCUGAUGUGCCCCCUGAGGCCUUCUUGAUGGUGCUGGAGUUCCUCUACACCAAUAGCAUCACCCUGGACAGGCGCACAGUCCUGGAAGUGCUGAUUUCAUCUCUGGAAUAUGGGCUGUCCGAGCUUCGAGAGCUGUGUGUAGAAUUUGUGGUGCAGAACCUGGAUGUGGAGCUGGUCUGUGAGGCCCUACAGGUGGCAGUGACCUUCGGGUUGCGGCGGUUACGGGAGAAGUGCCUGAAUUUCAUCGACAGUCGUGCCCAGGACGUGCUGAGGACCCCAGCCUUCCAUGAGCUUUCGCCGGCCGCCUUGAUACCGGUGCUGCGCAGCGACCACCUGUUAGUGGACGAGGUCGAGCUUGUUGCUGCCACCCGCCACUGGGCAAGGGUCAGCUCGGCGGUGCUGGAGCAGCCGAUGGUCCAGGUGGCCCAGUCCGUGGUGGGAGAGCUGCGGCUACCUUUGCUGUCCCCCUCCGAGCUGAGCUCGCUGGAGGAGCAAAACCGAGUCGAGCCUUUCAUACCGGUAGAACAAAUUGCCGAGGCCUGGAAGUGCCACGCCCUUCGCCGGGGAGAAGCGACUCGGGGCAUCCUGGGCCGCCGCAGAAAGGGGACCACGCCCCGAGAGCACCAUCGCUUCCUGGAAUUGCAGCCCAAGUGACUGAGCUAAACUGGGUCGCCCCCCAGGCCCCUGGAGACUCCCCCGCCUUGCUCUGAACUACAGCUGUCGGCAUCCUCUGGCGCCCACGGGCGCUUCAGCUCCCGGCAUCCUCCAUGCUGUACCCCCUGUCCCGGUUUUGAACACCUAGACCCGGGAUGAUAGCUUGCAGCACUGUCUGCGGGCUCUUUGACCCGGACUGGGCCUGGGCCAGAAUAAAGACCUCAGCCUGCGGCUGCCGAGCCCUCUCCCCGAUCUCUAAGCUCCAGGGUCUUUAUUCACUGCCUACAUCCACUAUCAGGAUUUUUUUUAUCUCUUCCUCCUCCCCCCCCCCGUGGGCGUAUCUGUAUCCCCCCAAAUACGGAUGACUUGUCCUCUAGCCCAGAGCGCUCAUCGUUUCUGUACAUUCUAGCUUGUCAAAGUCCAUGAACUCAAUCGCCAUUUCUACACAGAUGACUCCCAGGUCACACGCACCCCUUGCUCCCGAAUUAUCUCAUAGAUAUAUCUCCACCUGGAUGUCCCAUAGACAAUUCCAGUUCAACAUGACCCAAACUGAACUCGUUAUCUCCUGUUCCCCAAUCUCCCUCCCUCUUACUGUCCAGGGCAUCAUCUUCUCGGUCACCUAGGACCUCCCUCGAAAUCCUUGACUCCUCUCUCCCUCCCUCACCAUAACCAAGCCACCAAAUCUUGCAGUGCUCUCCCUUUUUAAAGCAAAUUUUAUUAUUAGCUCAACAAACAUCUAGAAACCAAAAAUAAAUUAAGGCACCGAUCUUAAUAAACUCCAGACAGUAGCACUGGAAUGGGACCCGUGGAAUGUACCAAAGAGCCCAGAGCAAAGCCCCCGCCUCCUGAGCCCAGGGCUUCCCCACUCCUGUCUGCGAAGUCAAGUUCCUACUCCUUUUCGUCUACCCGGUUCUCUGCUUGGCCUAAUUGCAUGUUGAAUCUUCUUCCCCCAUGACUUUCCACGUAUCGGUCUGACGUGUUUGUCAUUUUGACUGGCACGAUAAUAUUCCCUGACGCUCACAGGCCUCUCGAUUCAGACAUUCCCCAGUUGGGCACGUGGGUGGUUUCCAUUUUUUCAUUAUUACGAAUAAAGCUGCUAGGGAUA